GGCAGCUAAAGCAAGGACCCAAACAUCUAUUAGCCAUAAUUACAGCACUAGCAUCAACGCUAGCUCUCAUACUCAAAAGGGAAAAGACUUUAAGUUUGUUCAAGAAUAAAACAGCAGUAUGGCUGUGUCACCAGCAGUGACAACUUUGUGUGAAAACUCAAAUGAAGUCUUUCAAGACGUUGCGAAGUUGUUGCUUAAAUACGCUGAUAACAUUUUAAGGCAUCCCAACGACGAAAAGUACAAAUCGAUCCGCAUAGGCAAUCCUACCUUCUCCACCAAGCUGUUGCCCAUCAAAGGUGCUGUGGAAUGCCUUUUUGAGAUGGGCUUUGAGGAGGCUGAGACCCACCUGGUGUUCCCCACGUCUGCAUCAGUGGAACAGCUUAAGCUCAUUAGGGAAUCCAUAGCAGCAGAGAGGGAUCAGAGGCUGAGCGGAGGACAACCUGUCCAAGCUACUGCUCAGGCUGCUGCGGCCUCGACCUCAGCACCAGAGAGCUCUGCUGCUGCCUCCAGCCAGCCAGUUACACCCCCUCUGUCACAGCCUUCAUCCCUGGAGAACAGUAUGAGCUUUUUUGCGACUCUCCAGUCAAACUUCCAGCACGUGAUGCUGUACGAAAACGCUGAUCUGCAGCAGAAAGCCAUGAGCUGCAUCCCUCACCUGCAGCUGUCCUCUGCUGCGGAACACAAGCUGAAGGAGUUGAGAGAGGAGGAUCCAGAAUGUAAACUUGGAAUAGAAGACUUCCUGGUGCUGGAGUUGCUCAGAUGGUUCAAACAGGACUUCUUCUCAUGGGUGGACCAUCUGCCCUGCAGCCGCUGCAAAGGCCCGACACAGAACGCCAGCGCCCUCACUCCCACCCCCGACGACCUCCACUGGGCAGCUCAGCGUGUGGAAAACCACUACUGUCAGAGCUGCCAGCUCUCCACCCGAUUCCCCAGAUAUAAUAAUCCUGAGAAGCUUCUUGAAACCAGAAGGGGGCGCUGUGGGGAGUGGGCCAACUGUUUCACACUGUGCUGCAGAGCCCUGGGCCUGGAGGCCAGAUACAUCUGGGACAGCACAGACCACGUGUGGACCGAGGUUUACUCGGCCUCUCAGCGCCGCUGGCUGCACUGUGACUCGUGUGAGAACGGCUGCGAUAAACCUCUUCUGUACGAGGUCGGCUGGGGGAAGAAACUGGCCUACGUCCUGGCUUUCUCCAAGGACCAGGUGGUCGAUGUGACGUGGAGAUAUUCCUGCAAACAUCCAGAGGUUUUGUCGAGGCGGUCCAGGGUCCAGGAGGCCUGGCUGCUGCACACCAUUAACAGGCUUAAUGCCUCGAGGGAGCAGUCCCUGAGUCCAGACAGGAAGCAGGAGCUGACGGAGAGGCUGCUUGUCGAGCUGGUGGAGUUUAUUUCCCCCAAGAAACCAAAACCAGGAGAGCUGGGCGGACGCAACUCUGGCUCUCUGGCCUGGAGGACGGCGCGGGGGGAGACCAGAAAGGCUGAUGCAGGGACCUCCACACAGACUGCAGGUUUUGUGUUUACUCCUACUGAGAAGGAGAAGAGCGACGGGUGUCUGCGUGUGUGCUACAGAGCCGGCAGAGACCAGUACUGUCGGGUUUCCAACGACUCGGAGGUGAUUCAGAGCUGGGAGCAGUGUGUGUGGAGGAAGGAGUCGGUCUUCAGGAAGGUGGAGGAGGACUGGCAGAUGGUGUACAUCGCUCGUACCGAAGGCUCCUCUACGGGAACAAUCAGCUGGAAGUUUGACUUUGCUCCGGCGGGGAUGAAGAUGAAGUCGGUGUCGAUCACGGCCAGUAGUCACACCUUCCACUCUGGGAAAGCCUGCUGGCACUUGCAGGCCGGCCCGAUUACGACAGAGUUCUCUGGAGAUGGGAAGAUGCAGUCGUUCCCGUCGUUAUCCGGCUCCUCCGAGUUCAUUGUUGUCGCAGAACUCAGCGGCGGGGAAGAGGAGUCGUCAUGGCAGCACUCCCAGCUCUUCAGGCAAAGCUUGAAGGAGACGGAGGAGUCUUCCUUUGAAAUCCUCAUCCACUUUGAAGAUGCUUAACAUUUGUUUUACUCAACAACAUUGGCUCCCUAAUUCUCUUUCAGAGUUAUUUGGGAUGAUAGCUUCUUAUGUUAAAAAUCAGUGCAAUAUAUACAUUAGAUUAGUUUUUAUUUCCUCCAGGAUGAUUAUAUAUGCAUGGCCUAUUGAUAGAUGAAUGUACCCAUCACUGAGUACAGUCACACAUGUUUAACAUUGAUUUGACUAAAGGCCGAAUAACCUAUGAAGUCUACAAUACACUACAUGUAAAGGGUUUAAACAGGGUGUGAUACAUUCCACACUUCAAACAUCUCGUUGUCCUGCUAGUUAUAAACUAAUUAUCGGUGAGUCAUUUAAUAUUUGGCAGUUUUACACCCAGUUACAAUAAAUAUACAUUGAGUGUUGUUGGUGUGAGGGAAAGGGCUGAAUGUUGGUGGUAUAAUAAAGAUAUUUUUACAAUAUGGUA